UCACCCUUUCGCUAAACGCAAAUUCACGCAAUGUCUUGGUCGCAAGUCACACACACGUUCCCGCCACGCUCCAAGGGCAGCUACCUUGUAACCAACGAGAUUGAGCGAGCCAUUGACAGCGAACUGCGCAAAUACAAAGUCGGCAUGUGUAACCUCUUCCUCCAACACACCAGUGCCUCUCUCUGUCUUAACGAAAACGUCUGCCGCGAGGUACGCGAAGACCUAACAAUGGCCCUCGAUCAUAUUGCUCCUGAAACACUAAAGUACAAGCACACAGACGAGGGACCCGAUGAUAUGCCCGGCCAUGUUAAGAGUGCCUUGGUCGGCGUUUCUUUGAACAUACCGAUCAAGGAUGGACAGCUGGCUCUCGGAACGUGGCAGGGUAUAUAUUUGAACGAGCACAGAACAUACCAGCACAGGAGAACCGUUAUUGUCACUAUGCAGGGCGAAAAGAGAAAGUGAGUCAGGUGCUUUUUGUGGUUGUGUAAAUA